AUGGAGAACCAAUCCGUGGUCACUCUACUCAAACAAUUGAUGGAGAUCCCAUCUACGAGCGAAGAAGAAAAUGCCAUCGGUAUAUUCCUAGAGCAAUACCUCCAAUCACUGGGCUAUACCGUCGAGCGUAUUCCCAUUAGCCCGGAGAGUACUCGAUGCAACGUCUACGCCUACAUCGGGUCAUCGCGCAAGACACGAGUCUGUCUAACAUCACAUAUGGACACUGUUCCCCCGCAUAUCCCACUCCAUGAGACUACAGACACUAUCUAUGGACGCGGCGCAUGCGAUGAUAAAGGCCCACUUGCUGCUCAAAUCAUCGCCCUGGAAGAGUUACGGAGAGAAAACCUCGUUCAGCCGGAUGAUGCAUCUCUCCUUUUUGUCGUUGGUGAGGAAAAAGGUGGACCGGGAAUGCUUGCUGCUAACUCGAUGGGCUUGACUUGGGAUGCUGUGAUAUUCGGUGAGCCGACCGAAGGCAAACUCGCAGUCGGCCAUAAGGGCCACUUCGUUUUUGAGCUCGUGUGCGAGGGGAUCCCUUCGCACUCGGGCUAUCCGCACCGUGGACGUAGUGCGAUUACAAACAUGAUCUCUCUUCUGACGGACUUGGAACAGAUUCAGUUUCCUUCGUCUGAGAUUAUUGGGCCAUCUACAUUUCACUGUGGGCAGAUAAGCGGAGGCGUGGGAUACAAUAUCCUGGCUGCAGAAUGUACGGCGCUUUGCGCGGUUCGCGUGGCUAGUGACUUGCCUCAGGUUGAGCGAUUGGUAGAGAAGGCUGUGUCUAAGCAUGAGCACAUUCGUCUGGAGAAGAAAUUCUUGUAUCCAGAGUUGUACUUGGACCACGACGUGCCGGGGUUGGGGACAAUGGCUGUGGCUUUUGGGACAGACGCGCCACGCCUCAAGGGUGACCAUAAGAAAUAUCUUUACGGACCGGGAUCUAUUCUGUUAGCUCAUGGGAAGGAUGAGCAAGUUGGCAUAUCUGAGCUGCUGGAGAGUGUUCAGGUGUACAAAAAGAUCAUGAAACAUUGUCUGAGAGUGUGA